AUGGAUAAAUUGCGCAAAGAAGCCCGUGAGGCACUCGUGCAGAGUCCUGGCAAAAUGCCCAUCGGUUUCUUCCCCGCCGUUGCGGCUGCGUCCAAAAGUGAUUUGCAUCAAUUAUGGCAGGACAUUGCUGCUUACGAUCACUCGACGCAUUUGAAUAGCCUGGUUACAGCGACCAGUUAUAUCGAUUACUGGGAUGGGAUGCUGCCAAAUGACCAAGGCCCGCGACCCUUGAAACCAGCCGAAGCGAAAGCAGUAAACAACUUAUUCGACUGGGCCAGUGCUGCUGCUUUGCCUUCAUCGGACUUUGCAGUUGAUUUUGAUGAGACUGCCGAGGUUUCAGACGAUAUCAUCAAAGCCCAGAACGAGAGUCGGUUUAGGUCCGAGCUCGCUCUGGAGCUGAUUCUAGUUUUAAACAAGCCCUUGGCGGGACUGCCAAAUGGCAAACCAGAAAAUGCAGCGGAUAUUCUUCUCGCGGGGGCAUGUUUUGUCAAUAAGCAAAACCCAUGGGCCACAUCAGACAGCUACAAUGCGGCGUCGAUGCUCAUGAACUUGUGGGUUCAAGACACUCGUCGCGGUAAUAAAUUCUGGCCCGCUAUCGACUUCAUCCUCAAGGAGAGAAUUAGACCUCUUUUUGCAAAGACAAAGAAUCCCGCCAUUACCAGUGCCGGCCGUAAGAACUUCCAUCCUCAGACUCUCCCUCGCUUCGGUGUAAGCGAUGUAGACGCAUCGGCCAAGCCAUGGAAGACAACAGACGUCUACGUCGGAGCUGUGCUGUCAUGGAUCCUCUCACAAUACCAACCCGAAGACAAGACGCAAUUCGAAACGCACUUCCAGCUUUUCGUGCCUACUAUCCUAGCAAUGGUCGACGACAACAACCUCCCAUUCAAAACAAAAGGUUGUGCUCUACUCACUCAGCUACUGCAACCGAUCCAAGAAAGCGGCUCGGACAUCCUCCGACGGACAAACCUCACCUCCGUCUUCGAAGACGCCGUCACGCCGUGUCUUCUAUCCCUACCAUCCAUCACACCCGAGGAUAGAUCCUUAGACCUCCUAGGAGCAGCAUACCCAGCCAUCCUCUCUACCCUGAAAACCGCCUACAAAGGCCCCACCCAAUCUGAAAAGGAUAAAGAAGCAUACACUACCAGCCUCGCCAAAAUCCUCCGAUCAAACCUCAUCUCCUCAUUCCACCACGUCAGCUCCAGCACUCCAGCCUCGGGCUCAACCGCAUCGUUCCCUCACCCCAAUCUCUCAACAUUCCUCUUAGAAAAGAUAACAAUCAUCACCAACGAGCUGGGAAUUCAUACUACAAAGUAUCUCCAAGAACUCAUCCCAGUUCUCUACACAACACUAUCAAACCCAUUUGGAACAGCACACCCUCCACUACUGCUAGCUGCAGCUUCAGCUACGCAGGCGGUGAUCAAGAACGCACACCCGCGUGUCUGGCGCUGGCGCGGGGAGAUCCUGAGUGGACUGAGUUCGUGCUGGCUUCAUAUUUCCGAGGAUAGCGGAGGCUCCGUGGCUGAUCUGGCUAAGCUGAAGCGCGAAUUGCAGCAGACGCUUCAGGUUUUGAAGCUUGUUUUGUUGAAUCCUGUUGCUAUUGCGUCUGAUGGACCAGAGCCUGAACAGGUGCAGGUGAAGGAAAAUGUGGAGAAGGAGUUCCAGGAGCUUGUUGAGGCUGAUGCAGAGCUGAAGGGUCUGUUUGUUUGA